AUGCUCCUUACUUCUCUUGUUACUCUUCUGGCCCACACGGCUUUCGCCGCACCAAGUACGAGAAAACGAGGCGCGAGCAACCCCACCGUCAAAGGCACACCGCAAGUCAUUGGUCUUCUGGCCGACCCGACCCUGAACCGGGAUUCCUGUGGCUCUAAUCUCUUUGGAGACCGUGCACUAUGGGUUUGCAGAGACUCCCAGCACUAUGACUCCAAUGGCAUCCCCAAUCUGCCUCUAUUCACCAGCUCCGCCUCGUGGACGAAUCUCGUCUCUGGUGGUGGCACUCAACUGAGCAUGUAUGGCGACAACAACGAUGACUCGUUCUACCCCCUCGUCCCUGGCAAUUGUGACGACAACCAGGCUGGUGCAUGCUCCGAUGGCACUCGGUACCCCUUGUGGGCCAAUGCUCCUCCACUGGUGACGAGUUUCAAUGGUACCACCACCACAGGCUAUACGUGGAUUAGCAACUCGCAUAUUUCCGGUCUAUCUGACCUCGUUGAAAACCCAUCCGUGACACUAUACAAGAUUACCUACACAUCUGGAGCCGACGAUCUUCCCACAGCUGAGAUCAUCAACUCGGCAUUCUGGGCACAGGGCGAUGUUCCUUAUGGAACCUACGGUGGUGUGGUGCAAGAUGACACCAUUUUUCUCUGGGGACAAGGUACUAAUAGGGACGUUAACCUUGCGCGUGUACCUGUCGCCAGUGUUGAGGACAAGUCGAAGUACGAAUACUACGUGAGCGGCACCUGGACCAGCUCCCAGCCUGUCCUCGGUGAUACUGCCGCUACCAUUGAUAAUGCCAGUGCAGGAGGCCAAGGCACUUAUUAUUACUCCAACCCCUGGCAGGCCUAUGUGUGGAUCGGUCAGCCGACCAACUCGGUCUCGGCUGACUUUUAUAUCACCACCGCCUCUGCGCCGGAGGGCCCUUGGAUUGAGCCUUUCAAGUUCUACUCUGGGGUUAACGGCAACUAUUCUCUUGGUGCUUAUACUCUCCAGGCCAAUCCGGCACUUUCUCCGGCCGACAGUAACGAGAUUUAUUUGACAUACACUAAGACCGAUGCCGUCGGAGAUAACGUUGCGCUAUAUACUACCCCUCUGAUCCUUGUUGAGUGGGAGGACUAG